AUGGGUUAUGGUGGUGCAACUCUGAGAUGGUGCAUGAUGCAAGUGAGACUACAGUGCACCAGCACUUCACUGAUUUCACGUUUCGCGCGUAGUGGUCAAAUCGAGCAUGCUCGGAAGGUGUUCAAUGAAAUGCCUCACACUCACAGAAGCAUUGCUUCGUGGAACGCCAUGGUUGCCGCGUACUUCGAAACCCACCAGCUCCGCGAGGCCAUCCUUCUGUUCGAGAAAAUGCCCCAAAGGAACACCGUCUCUUGGAACGGCUUGAUUUCUGGGUACAUAAAGAAUGGAUUGUUGACUGAAGCAAGGAAAGUAUUCGACAACAUGUCCGACCGCAACGUUGUUUCGUGGACUUCGAUGGUUCGCGGUUACGUGCAAGAGGGUAUGGUUGCAGAAGCAGAAUGGCUGUUCUGGCAGAUGCCCGACAAGAACGUGGUGUCUUGGACUGUCAUGCUUGGUGGGUUGCUGCAAGAAUCUCGGGUUGAGGAUGCACGCAAACUGUUUGAUAUGAUGCCUGUGAAGGAUAUGGUGGCUGUUACCAACAUGAUUGGAGGGUAUUGUCAGGAGGGUCUUUUGGCUGAAGCUCGGGCUCUCUUUGAUGAGAUGCCAAUGAGGAAUGUGGUUACUUGGACAACUAUGCUUUCUGGGUAUGCGCGAAACCGGAGGGUGGAUGUUGCAAGGAAGCUUUUUGAAGUGAUGCCAGAGAAAAAUGAGGUGUCUUGGACGGCAAUGAUCAUGGGUUAUACUCACAGUGGGAGGAUGAAAGAGGCUUCUGAGCUUUUCGAUGCAAUGCCGAUGAAACCGAUUGUUGCUUGCAAUGAAAUGAUCAUGGGGCUUGGACUUGAUGGGGCUGUGGAUAAAGCUAGACAGGUGUUUGAGCAAAUGAAGGAGAGGGAUGAUGGGACUUGGAGUGCCAUGAUUAAGGUGUAUGAAAGGAAAGGAUUUGAGUUGGAAGCAUUGGAUUUGUUUGCUAAGAUGCAAAGAGAAGGGGUUGCACUGAAUUUCCCUUCAUUGAUCAGUGUUCUUUCUGUAUGUGCCAGUCUAGCCAGUCUUGAUCAUGGCAGGCAGAUUCAUGCCCAAUUGGUGAGAUCUGAAUUUGAUCAAGAUUUAUAUGUUGCCUCAGUCUUGAUUACGAUGUAUGUUAAGUGCGGUGAUCUUGUCACAGCAAAACAGAUUUUUAACAGGUUUCCUUUGAAGGAUGUUGUUAUGUGGAACUCUAUGAUCACGGGUUAUUCCCAACAUGGUUUGGGAGAGGAAACUUUAAAUGUUUUUUAUGAAAUGUGCUCCUCUGGAGUUCUGCCCGAUGAUGUCACCUUCAUUGGAGUUCUUUCAGCUUGCAGCUACAGUGGCAAGGUGAAAGAAGGGCUUGAAAUUUUUGAAUCAAUGAAAUGCAAGUAUCAAGUGGACCCAGCAAUCGAACACUAUGCUUGCAUGGUUGAUUUGCUAGGCCGAGCAGGCCAGGUAUAUGAUGCAAUGAAACUGGUAGAAAAGAUGCCAAUGGAACCAGAUGCUAUUGUUUGGGGUGCACUGUUAGGUGCAUGUAGAACCCAUAUGAAGCUGGAUUUGGCUGAAGUUGCAGUUGAGAAACUUGGACAGCUAGAGCCCAAAAAUGCUGGGCCUUAUGUCUUGCUCUCAAAUAUGUAUGCAUCCAGAGGAAGAUGGGGGGAUGUUGAAGUCCUUAGGAAAAAAAUAAAAGCUAGAAGUGUUAUCAAAUUGCCUGGCUGUAGUUGGAUUGAGGUUGAAAAGAAGGUACAUAUGUUCACCGGAGGGGACAGUAUGGGCCACCCCGAGCAGCCUAUUAUCAUGAAAAUGUUGGAGAAGUUAGGUGGAUUGUUAAGGGAAGCUGGGUACUGUCCUGAUGGUAGCUUUGUGCUUCAUGACGUGGAUGAGGAAGAGAAGACACAUAGCUUGGGUUAUCAUAGUGAAAAAGUAGCUAUAGCAUAUGCGCUCCUAAAAGUGCCUGAAGGGAUGCCAAUCAGAGUUAUGAAAAAUUUGCGAGUUUGUGGCGAUUGCCAUUCUGCAAUCAAAUUGAUUGCAAAAGUCACUGGAAGAGAAAUCAUUUUGAGGGAUGCCAAUAGAUUUCAUCAUUUUAAGGAUGGUUACUGUUCCUGCAAGGACUAUUGGUGAUUCCUGGAAACAAAUCAUAUAUGACCUUAUAUUUGAAGAAGCUGUUGGAAUUGGAGGGUUUCUUUAAUUCUUUGUCCCUGAGCAUGAUUGGCUGGGAUAUGAUGCACAUCAAUGGGCUGUAUUUAAGAAUCAAACAGAAGUUCCUUAGUACAUUUGAGGUUUUCACUUACAAAUCACAAUUGUAUCAUACACGAUUGGGUAUCAUUGAAC